AAUGGAGACUUUGGGUAUUCUUUCAUUAAUAACUAUAUUAAUAGCACCUUAUGAACAGUGUAAAAUAGACGUUAUAGUUUCAAAUACAACUGAAUCGAAUGUAAUCUACCUUACAGCGGGAGAUAACGCUAUUCAAAAGCAAAUUAUAUUAAAUGUAACCAACCUUCCUCAUGCUAAUCAAGUAUCGUUCAAGUCGGAUGACUAUAAUGUUGCAUCCUUCGAUAAUAGACAAAAUAAUUUUAUCCUAAUAGAAAAUGGAUUCCAAAGGAUAAAUAUUAAGAUAAAUGCAGAAAGACUUGGAAUAACUAAAAUUAGAUUAUUGCCAUCUGGUGAGAAUUCAAAUUGUGAAGUUGGUCCACCAAUAAAAGUUAAGGUUAAACGACCAAAUGCAAAAAAAUUAGAGUUGGCUUUUCAGAUAACCUUGGGAAUUUUAAUAGUUUUUAAUAAUAUUGGCUUUGGUUGUAAACUUAAAUGGAAAGAAAUCAAAGAAAUUUUAAAGAAACCAGUUGCGCCAAUAAUUGGAUUUUUAUGUCAAUUUUUAAUAAUGGCACCAGUUUCUCUUCUCUUGACCAGAAUGUUAAAAAUGUCCUCUUAUCCAUCAAUUGGUUUAGUUAGUAUUGGCUGUUCGCCCGGUGGAGCAGGAAGUAAUGUGUUUGCGGUUUUACUGGAUGCAAGCCUAGAAUUAAGUAUUAUUAUGACAACCAUAUCGACUUUUACCGCUCUCGGAACAACUCCAUUUUGGUUGUGGGCACUUAGUAGAUUUAUUAUAGACGAUGGAGCUAAAAUUGAGAUUCCAGUUGUUAAUGUCUUUACUUCUUUAGCAGCUGUAAUUGUUCCAGUUUUAAUAGGAGUUGUUCUGACAAAUUUUGCAGUCAAGAUUUCCAAUGUCAUCGAAAAAUAUUUGAAGCCGUUCAUUGUUAUUAUUGGCUUAGUAUUUUUAUCAUUUGGCAUCUAUGUAUACUACUACGCUCUCCAAGUUGCCACUUGGAGAGAAUACUUAGGAGUUAUAUUGCUCUCAAGUAUCGGUUAUAUAUUGGGAACUUCGGCUGGGUUUAUAUUCAGACAAGGUAGAGAUAAAGCAAUCACUAUUGGUCUAGAAACUGGUUUUCAAAAUAUGGCACUAUCUCUUCUAAUGAUUCAGCUGACAUACGAUUCGCCAGAGUCUGACCUUGCCGGAGUUGCUCCUGUCAUAUACAUGUUUGCCGGUGCCCUAAUACCAGCAGCAGCCGUCAUUACACGCCUUUUAGUUAAAAUCUAUAAAGAAAAAAAAUGGCCUUGGAUAAAGAAAGUUGACGAAACAACAGAUAUUUAA